AUGGUGUAUGCGAAGUUCCAAGUGUGGGUCAGUGCCGCCGUAACACAAGCGUCUAUAGACUUCAAUGACCAGGCGGUUCCGUUGCCGUUGACGAUCACGUGUACGGAUGGAAACACCGCCAUCACGGGAACGUUCAACGUCAAUAUUGUCGACGAGCCGCCGACUUUUGUCUCCGGCAUGCCCGGAAGUUCUGCGAGCAUCUCUGACGCCACUGUCACACAGACGUUGCUCGGGAAAUUCACAACUACAGACCCUGAUACAACUUGCUCUGUGACGUCACCCGUAGCCUCUGCAUAUGAGGUCAGGAAAGUGACGUCACCGGCGAAUCCUCAACAACCUGAGUUUGAAGAUUGGAUCAAAAGCACCGUAACUCAAGCAUCUAUCGACUUCAACGACCAGACCGUUCCGUUGCCUUUGACGAUAAAAUAUACUGACGGAUACGUCGCGAAUGAUAUCACGGGAACGUUUAACGUCAAUAUUGUCAACGAGGUUUCUUUCAGUAUCCGCGUGAAAGCAGGAGUGACGUUGGCUGCAGCUGUCAGUCCGUACGUCAUGAACGUUGAUUGCACAAAUGCCGUAACCGCCGUCAGUUCAACGUUCACCCAGCCAGUCCUUGAUAAGCUCGAGACGGCUACUGAUGAAAAGAAACAUAAACUUGCCUAG